GAGUGACCAACUUUGUAAUUUACUCCAUAAUUAUCAGCUCUUUUACAGUUUUACUGUCUGCCGACGUUAUAUACACAACGGUCGUCGGCCAACGCUCACCAUCCUCCUUCAACGUUCGCGUUCCCGUUUCUUUCCAACACCAGUUCCCACUUCCCAAGGCUCCAACUAUCCUCUGCCAUUUGAAUCGCAAUAAUGGAGAGUCAGCCCUCUGUCUCACUCUCGCUCCAGUUUCAAGCAAAAUGGCGCAUUCUCAUUCGUCUUUCUCGCUUUCAUUCAUCAUUAUUAGAAUCAGACCGCCGACCCUUUCGCUGUUCAUGCAGCGAGACGGGUAAGCCGUUCCUUCCAAAGUCGAGAUGGCAUCUUUCGCUGACUCGCACGGAACCCGUUUCUUCAAAAUCAUUCUCCAGGGAACCCUUCGUGACAAGAAGCUCUUGAUUCCUGGGAGGUUCGUUGAGAAUUGCGGGGAGGGUUUGCUGGAUUCUGCAAUUCUGAAGGUCCCUAGUGGUCUGAGUUGGACGGUGGAUUUGGUAAGUGAUAGAAUUGGUGUCUGGUUUGGGAAUGGAUGGCAAGAUUUUGCUGAGUUUCACUCGCUAAAGUAUGGGCAUUUCCUGAUUUUCGAGUACAAGGGUUGCUCCAGUUUCUAUGUAGUUAUAUGCGAUAGAACCGCUACAGAGAUUGUAUACCCGAUUACUAGAACUGCUAGCAACCCGCAGCCUGCUGAUAAGGUUCUGAAACUGUUUCCUGAGCCUGUAGUCGAAGUGAUUGAGAAUUUCUGUGGUGGAGUUGAUGUGCCCCAAAGAAACAAGUGUAAACCCCCUAUGGAGGUUUCUCAACCUCGUGGUAAGAAGAAGAAGAUGAAGAGGGGUAGUGCAACUAGAAAUGGCAAUGUGAAGAUGGUGAGUUGCAUUGAGCAAAGUGCAGCUGGGCAUCAUUCAUCUGCACAGGGGCUUGGGGGCAAUUCGAUGGAGUUGGGACGCGAAGAGAAAGAGAGUGGUGAUGAGAUAGCCCCUGAAGAAUCUCCACUUGUGGAGGAACGUAUGCCUCUCACCGCAUUCACCUCACCGCAUCCAUGUUUCGAAGCUCGAAUGACUUCACAUGGGUUGAAAAGAUGGGAACUGCAGUAUGUACCUCGAAGUUUUUCUGUUAGGCAUAUUGGGGAAGAUGAGAAGUCAGUGAAGCUUCAGAUUGCGGAUAAAACUUGGCGCGUAGGACUAAAUUCGUAUCCAAGUGAAAAGGCUUUACACUUAUGCAAGGGCUGGCGUGUAUUUACAGAGGAAAACUCGCUGAAACCAGGAGACAUUUGCAUCUUUGAGUGCAUUCAAAGGUGGACUAACGUCCUGCUGAAAGUCACCAUCAUUAGAGAAUCUUAAUUUGAUUUAGGUGCCAUGUUGUUCACUUGGAACACUAGAUGUUUUCGCUGGGGACAAUGUUCAAAAAACUUCCUGCUGUGUGUAUUGAGGAUGAUGCUAUUGCCAAGUUUGAAUCUAGCUUUUCUUGUUUUAGGCUUUUAGCAGUAGCUCAGACCCCUUAGAGUCGUUUUUACCUUCCUGUUUCUAUCAUCCAUUUAAUGGAGUAUUGGAGUAUUAGAAUUAUGAGAUGAGAAGCUCAUUGAGUAACAUCUGAUUCUGCAAGAUAUUCAAUG